AUGACAUCGAGACGACAGAGACCGGCGAAGACUAACAGACAAUCGGUGGCCGCAGUGGAGGACACGAUGAGAGAUAUCUUUGACGACUCGCAACGGCUGGACAAACAUAUCGCAUGUCUUCAACGUUUAUCUCACCUCCAGAGCCAGUACUCGAAGACCAACCAAUCGGUGAAAGAUUACUACAAAGAGUUGGUCCGUAACCUGAAGUACACGCUAUGGGUGCCCGACUCCCGCUCGCCAUACACUCACAACACCAUCCAGUUCUUCGUCGGCUAUCUGUUGACAUUCUCGGCCACCGUUGAGGUCACCGAUGGUUCGGUCGUAACGCCCGCCGACGAGGACGACGAAGAGAUACGCCACGAGUUCAUAGACGCCAUACUCGAGGAUGUGGUCAUACCGUACACCAACUCAGCGAAAGUCGAGUGUCGUAUCAAUUCGUGUCAUUUCAUACGAAGACUGUCCGAUGAGUUGCAGGACAUUAACGACGAUAUCUACGAGAAGAUCCGGAAGGCGUUGCUCGAUAGGAGUGCCGACAGAGUGGCGUCUGUGAGGGCGGCCGCAGUACUGGCUCUCCAUCGCUUCCAAGACACGGGUAAUGCCAACGAUUUGGUGAUUCAAGCGAUUCAUUUUCAUCUCAACUACGAUCCCGACCCUGAAGUGAGACAUAAUUGUCUUAAAGCGAUGGCCGCCUCUCAGCAAAGUUUAGCUCAUUUUGUGGGAUCCACUCGUGAUGUGAAGGACUUCAUCAGAAAGACUGCUUACAUACAAAUCGCGGACAAACUGCAGAUCAAGUGCUUCACAAUAGAGCAAAGGCUAACAAUCCUGAAGAAUGGCCUCAAAGACAGGAGUUCCGCCGUUCGCAAAGUCGUCGAAUCAGUUCUGAUCCCAUCGUGGGUUAAAUGUUGUAACAAUAAUUUGAUUCAACUGUUGAUUGCGUUAGACAUCCAAACAGAUGUGGAUUUAAUAGAGAGAAUGCUUGACAUAUACUUCAAGCACUUGAACCGCGAAGUGGUAUCCGAGGAGUUGUCGAAAACAAAGUUUCAUCAAUUGGUGGAUGAGUUUCGGGACCAGAAUAUGACAACUGAUCGCUUCAAAGAAUUGAAUGCAAAUGAGAAAACCGGUGAAACAAGUGAUGUCACCGCUGCUGGUGUUGACGCCACUAUCGAUAGCGUUAUCAGUGGUGUACCCGAAAGGCUAACCAUUCCACAGUCGAUGGCGACCGCGGAUGAGAUACCAAUUGAAGACAAUCAACAAGUCAUGGAUGAAACGGAAGUACAAAGUGUUGACUUAUUUGAUCUAUUAGUUCCUGAUGUCCCCUAUUUCUGCGCUUAUCUCGAAAAGUUUGUGAAUAAUGUCAUCACUCAAGAGCUGUCUAUUGCUGACGCAUUGGACUUUGAAUUCAUUUUCAAUCAAUUCAUGAAAGUAUCGCUACUUUUAGACAUUGGAGACGACGCCCAAAGGAAGAUCUUAGUGAAGACCAUGCGUUCAAUACUAAUCGACAGCCAAAUUGGCGACAAAUUCAAUGGCUAUAUAACGCCAGUCAUGAAGUGUUUGGGCAAAAAUGGUUUUACAGAUAAUAACGCUUAUCUGGACUUUACCGUUGAGAUUAUCAGUGAGAUAUUUGCCACAACUGUAUCCACUGCUGAUGAGACCGAGUCGAUGGCUGAUGAGUCGAAUCGAGAACUCGAAGACAAACGAAACAAAUUAAGUGCAGAUCUGGAGAAAUGCAGAACUGAUUUACAAGAUAUGGAAUCUGAGGGCCGAGAGAGUGAAGUGCAAGAAAUGAGUGAAAAGAUCAAGGAUUUGGAGACAGAGAUCAAUGUCUUAAAGGAUAAGAUCGCAGCUAAUAAUACCUCAUUAUUGUCACAAUCAUCGCAAACAUCACAACAACCAAAGAGUUUAACGGAUUACCCGAAGUCACUGAUGAGUUGUUUGCAAAUAUUCUCGAGUUGUUUGGAGUUUGGAAACUAUGUCGAAGUGAAUGCUGUAAUGCAAACACACAUCGAGAAAGUGUGUUUACCCGGUUUUCUGAGUGAUAACGUUUCGGUGCGAAGGGUUGCCACUCGAUGUCUGGGUUUAAUUUUCCUGAAAGACAUCGAACCGAUAAAAAUCAUUGCAUUGCAAAGCAUUUUCGACUCCCUGUGCGAACACGGAAUCACUUUAUUCGACGAUAAAGUGGAUAAGAAUGGCGACAAAAGCGAAGACAACUCCCAAGUGAGACAACUGGCGUUCGACGACAGCGACGAAGACUUCAUCACAUCAUUGAAACAGUUCUUUGAGACACAGCUGGACUCACAGGUGACGGAGAUCAGGGAAACCGCGGUUCAAGGGGUCGCCAAACUCCUCAUGCAUUCGCGGCUCUAUUCGCCGGAACUGUUGUCCAAAUUAGUGGUGAUUUGGUUCACACCCGACGAGAAUCAGACGAUCGUUCAGUUCAUCGGCGACUUCCUGCGGCGUAAUCUCUAUUCGCCGGAACUGUUGUCCAAAUUAGUGGUGAUUUGGUUCACACCCGACGAGAAUCAGACGAUCGUUCAGUUCAUCGGCGACUUCCUGCGUCUGUACGCUUUGGCCGAAUCCCAGGGCGUAAUCGUCGGACAGUCGGCCCUUCAGGAGUCCUUCCUAUUGACUCUGCAAACGCUUUACGAGCAGCGCUUGAAAACCAUUAAUUGCGAGAAUUUAGUCAAAUUCUUCGCGAAUCUCAUUGACGAUGAGAGUCACACACAAUUAGCGCACGAUUUGGUCAAUAAGAUCAUGGAUUGCGACCAAUCGAUGGCCAAAUUGGCUGAAGACUACCUCCUGUACCGACACUUACUCUUGAGCUUCAGGUUCUGUCACUUCUUCGCUAACCGUGCCAUCGCCAAGAAGAUUGAGUCCAGGAGUCAACAGCUGAGCGCCGACUCGGCCUUCGAGCAGGACUUCGAGCCCAUCGACGAUGUCAACGAAGACAACGUUGCGGUCAACGACUCGGACGCCGAGAGCUUUAGGACGUGUCCGGAGAGUCAGAGUCCGCCGCAAAAGCGACGCCGAAUGACAACCGAAGAGUUGUUAUUAUCGGACACUAAUGGACCGGAAGUGGCGACUACUGAGAGCCAGGAGUCAGAUGUGGACGCUUUGGGAACUAAUACUUCGGAACUUAAUUUGAAUGAAUCGAUGGAAACAAAUGGCGGCGAAUGUGACACUCCUUCUGAAGCACAAGUAGUGGACACGAAUGACACGUCUGCCCAACAGCCAGACGACCCUGGCAAUAACAACCCCUUAAAUGAUAGCAUAGUUGAGCGCCGGGAGGUUUUGGUCACUGAUAGUGUCCAUCACUCGGAAAGACAGGAAACACCACAAGUACUGAGGGGUCCGGACGAGAGCGAUAAUUUGCAGAAGCCAUUUGUCUGUCGUGAAGCCAAAUGUGGCAAACGAUUCACUCAGAAAUCAAACCUCAAUCGACACAAAGUCAUACAUACGGGCGAAAAGCCAUUCAAAUGCGUUGACAAAGAUUGUGGCAAAAGUUUCGCGCGAAAGGGAGACUUAAAUCGACACAAACGUGACGUUCAUCUGAGGGAAAAGAGAUUUCAAUGCGAUUCCAAGGGAUGCGCUAAAGGUUUCUGUCAAAUAUCGGAUCUGAUUGCUCACCAACGGGUCCACUCGGGAGAGAAGCCGUUCGCAUGCGAUUGCGGCCAAAAAUUUGCACACAAAUGCCAUUUAAAUCAACACCUAAAGAGUGUUCACUCGAAACUCAAGCCAUUUGUUUGCGAUGAAAAGAAUUGUGGCAAAACAUACUCCAGGAGUACACAACUUAAUGAACACAAACGCAGUCACACAGGAGAUAAGCCAUACGCUUGCGAUGUCGACAAUUGCGGCAAAUUUUUUGCACAUAACUCGACCCUUUAUAACCAUAAACGCACUCAUUUGAGGAAUAAAUAA